AUGGAGCUGAACUCUCCUAUUUUAGUUUUUGCCGAGGCUUCGAGCAUUUGCGAGAUAUGUGCUACCAUUACUCUGACUGGCAUGCGAGGACAAGGGGAGAUAGAAGGCGAAGACGAGUAUGAUGUUGAUUCUGGAUUCAAGCAUUAUCCCGCCUAUAAGCAACUAUCGAAUUCUGCUUCCCAAGGAUGCCGGCUCUGCAUCAUCAUCGAACACUCCCUUUACUAUGCCUUUGGUGGCAAGCUUGAGUUUUUGGAGUACUGCGCAAAGAUGGACGGCCAAACACAAGUACGACUCGUGGCUUACACCACUGGGGCGUUGCGCCCGUCUUCUGUAAAAGUAUUAUGCGGUCCGGAUCACACCCGCUAUGCCUGGCUGGAACUUUCUGCCCCAAAUGGAUCCCAGACAGCUCAGUGGAUCAAAGGCCGAGUACCUGAAGGUGACCCUUUGUCACCAAUAUCUUUGUCACGAAUUAAAGACUGGCAUCGAGAUUGCCUGAAAAACCAUCUCGAAUGCUCCAUGAACCUGAACCCCUAUUUACCCACUCGAGUCAUCGACGUCGGCGCAGCAGACGGAACAGAAGAGCCACGUCUGCUACUGAGCGACGAGAAGAGCCGUGGACCGUAUGUUGCUAUGAGCUAUUGCUGGGGCGGCGUAGUGCCUUUGAGAACGACGACGAACAAUAUUCAUGACCACACAAGGGAGAUUCCGCUUACCAGCCUUCCCCAGACCUUCAAAGAUGCAAUCGUCCUCACGCGCUCUCUUGGCUGCCGCUACCUUUGGAUUGAUGCCCUUUGUAUCGUACAGGACGAUCCUCUGGACUGGGAGCGCGAGGCAGCGGAUAUGGGCCGAAUCUAUCGCGAUUCGGCCCUCACUCUAUCCGCCACCUCCGCCAAGACCAGUGAAGACGGCUUCCUAGGGCCUUAUAAAUCUGACCUCAUUCUCCGAUGCAGCACCAAAUACACCGAGGGCCAAGAAACCCACGAAAUGGUCUUUUCGUGGCCUUUUUCACCAUUAAGUAGCUUCAACUACGUCGACGCUACUGGAGAUCGAGGCUGGACUCUGCAAGAGCUUGUGCUUUCCCCACGGGUGCUUCACUUUGUCCAGACACCGGCUAGGAUCGGCCACCAGAUGAUCUGGGAAUGUAACCACCACUCGGUACAAGAGGAUGGGGUCCGUCUCGUGACAAACUUCCACAUUGAUUUAUCUCGGCCGAAGAGUCUGCUUGGGCGGCAUCACGCGGCCAAUGCCACAAUUCCCUUGUCCAUGGUUAUAACAUACACUUGGCUUGACCUUGUUGAAGCUUACUCUUGUAGAAAACUGACCUACGAGUCGGACAAGUUGGUGGCGUUUUCUGGUCUGGCGGCCGAGAUCAAGCGCCUUUCAGGAUAUCGAUAUGCAGCUGGACUAUGGGAGGAGGAGCUCAGACUGCAGCUGCUCUGGGUUCCCAGGACACCAGGCAGCCGAACACAAGGGUAUAUUGCACCGAGCUGGUCUUGGCUCUCCUUUGACGGUGCCGUCGAUUGCUCGCACAUCAAAAGAAAAGAAGGAGGUUUAAAGUUUCGCUUCACCGUUAGACACUUGGACACGCAUGUCAGCGUGUCUGGGCCAAGCCUAUUUGGCACCGUGGAGUCGGCGACUGCAGUCUUGUCAGGCUUUAUGAAGCCCGCCGUCUUCGAUCCUCGACGCAAAGCUGCAGAUCAGUGUUACUUGUUUUACGAUAACGAGGAUGCAGCCAGUCAAGAUAUUGAUGUGGACAUCCAGCGCACCAUGUACCUCCUGGAAGAAAUCAAACAUACACACAAUUCUGAAACUAACGACCCGUUUAGCCCUCGCAGGUUUCUGCAUAAGCUAACUAGUGACGCAAAGGAGGUUCUGGACAGCGUUGACCUCUCUGACGUGACACCACUUCUUUGCAAGACUUUGACUGAAAGUGUAGAGGCCAAGAUUUCCCUGCUUAAGAGAAUGAGGUUAUCAUUGCAACACCUCGAUAAUUGGAAGGCAGCCAACCAGGAAAGACUAUGUCAUUUACAGGCCCGUGAGCCGAGCCUCCGCCUGGACAAAGACGACUACACGGAAGAUCCACAGCUCGACCAUGAAUCAAGACCUCUGGCCUCUUUUCUCCAGUCUGUGCGCCGCUUCAAACGCUUCCAGAUACUCUUCGAUACGGCAAGUGACGCCAUUCACAGGCAAGAUGAGGAUAUCCUACAGGAACUCGACCACCAAGACGACUCCGAGUAUGAAUUCGAUCUCAGACGCCCGGACCCUUGCUCUGACCAGCACAGGAUGCUCAUCGAAUUUAAAAACAGCAAAGCUCACGACCAUGACAACUGCCAUAUGCCUGUGUCAGUUUCGACGACAGAGCGGAAGGGGUUGAUGAGAAGGUUAGACCCAGACGCGACGCCAGGGUUUCCAGAAGACUUUUAUCCGGGAACAGCAAACAUACCAGGCAAGAUUCGGUUUGACACCGACAAAUUGCCUAGGCAUCGGCGCAUCUGGCUUAUGCAAGUCUUGGCGUCCUGCCCUUUCCUGGAAAGCGGGAAAUGCACACCGCACGGCCUUGCUCUGCUUCCAACGGGGAACGUAGGCGAGUAUGAACGUAUAGGCGUGUUUCAAUUGCAUCCAGACCACGUUGGCUGGUUUGAUGACGUAUCUGCGAGAGAGUGUAUAUAUAUUGUUUGA